UUGCAGAAAGUGUACGCGAAUAGUCCCUGUCCUUUGUUCGCUCGUUCCCGUCGUGUGACUAUUAUGAAACAUGAAGAGCCUACUAUAGUCCGCAUCUGCCAAGCUCCAAUAGACGACACAACUGACACUCCUUACCUCAAGUACAAAGAGUUAGCCAAAAAAUUAGGUGCAUGGGAUGCUGUUAGAGCUCGUUGCGCGUUCUGCGGUUGCUGUAAAUGCUGUGGUUGUGGCACUCGUUGUUACACACUAGGAGAACAUCACGACGAUGACCGCAGACGAGAAAUGAAAGACUUUGACGCUAGAGUCAAAAAUAAUUAUCAAGAAAUGAGAAUCAUGUAUGACAAGAUUUAA